CACGAUAGCGAUUGAUCCGCCAGUGAAACCUUUAAAGUGGGAUAUUUUGGGGAAAGCUCGGCUCGGAGAAUCGCGCCGACCGUCUCGAUGGAAGACGCAGAACCUAAAACCCGCUCUCGGAUGAAACCGUUCAGGAGCCGCAGGUGGAAACCAUAGCAACAGACGUGUCCUGUGUUUGUGUCCUGAAGAUGCCGCACCGCUUAAUCCAGGUUGCAUCAGAGUCUGAAGUCAAGAAAAGACAGGCAGCUGUACCAUGGGUAUCUCCAUGGAAGACCAGCGGCUCAGAAACAACUUAAUGUUUAUUUGACAUACGAUCAACCAUGAAAACCUUCCUCUGGGUUGAUAACUACUGAUAAUUGCUGCUAUGGCUUUCUGUAACGAAAGCCUGCUGGAGAAUUGUGACUUCAUGGAGCCGGAGGAAGGUUUGCCGGUGGAAGCCGCGACCCCACUGAUAUCGGUCACUCUGCGUGUGACUCUGGCGGCCAUAAUGAUCUUCAUGAUUACCAUCGGUUUCCUCGGCAAUGCCAUUGUGUGUCUGAUUGUUUAUCAGAAACCUGCCAUGCGCUCCGCUAUCAACCUCCUCCUCGCUACUUUGGCCUUUUCCGACAUUAUGCUCUCUCUGCUCUGCAUGCCCUUCACUGCAGUGACGGUCGCCACUGCCAACUGGAGCUUUGGGAGCGGGUUCUGCCGAGCCUCCAUCAUGCUGUACUGGCUGUUUGUCCUGGAGGGAGUGUCCAUCCUCCUCAUCAUCAGUGUGGACCGAUUCCUCAUCAUUGUACAGCGGCAGGACAAACUGACUCCACACAGAGCUAAACUGCUGAUCGCGGGUUCAUGGGUGUUAAGCCUGUGUGUGUCCCUGCCGUCUGUGGUCGGGUGGAGGACAGGCGCAGCAGGUAUUGGGGGUGCCUGGGCACCACAGUGUGUUCUGGGAUACAGCGAGUCUGUGGCGGACCGUGGGUACACGGUGCUGUUGGCAGUCGCAGUAUUCUUUGUGCCAUUCACCGUCAUGCUGUACUCUUACAUGUGCAUCCUCAACACGGUACGCCACAACACCCUGCGCAUCCACAACCACACUGGUGAGCACUCCUGUCUGCCAGCCCUCAACCAAGUCAGCAAGAUGAGACUCAGUGGGCUGCAGCGCCCCCCUCAGGUCAAAGUGGACAUGAGCUUCAAGACCCGAGCCUUCACCACCAUCCUCAUCCUCUUUGUGGGCUUCUCAGUGUGCUGGUUGCCGCACACCGUGGUCAGCCUGCUGGCCGUGUUCAGCCGACAGUUUUACUACAGCCCGGUCUUCUACCCAAUCAGCAUCGGCGCUCUGUGGCUCAGCUACCUGAAGACGGUUUUUAACCCCGUCAUCUACUGCUGGAGGAUCAGGAAGUUCAGGGAGGCCUGUCAGGAGUUUAUUCCAAAAAGCUGCAGACUGUGUCCCAAAGUGCCGGGCAGGAGCCGCAGGAGAGUGAGGCCCAGUAACAUUUAUGUGUGCAGCGAGACUCAGUCCGCCGUGUGAGACGAGGAGGACCAGUUUGAUAGAUGCUCAAACCAGAAGCUUUUCCUAUCAACUGUUUUUAACUCCUAAGUUUCCUCAUUUUGACCAAUGAGAGGCCAAAGUACAUUAAAGAGAAUUUACUGGCUGUUCACCAAAUAUUCUCACCUCAAAAAUGGACUUAUCGUCUCAACUUCAAUGCACUUUAUGGAAAAUACAUGGUACACCUAUUUUGUUGAAUUUAUGCUCAGAGUGGUGAGAAAAUGCAAAUUUCAAUUUCAUUUUGAUAAAUUCUAUAUUUUAUUGGGUUUCUCGUGGUCCAUAUAAACAAUGACAGGGAUCCUACAGUACUUACAGUGAAAGUUAAAUUUCCUUGAGCCUUCUGUAAGACUUGUAGCAAAAAAACAAAUAAAACAAUAGAUACACAAAAAAUCUAAUAAUAUAAUGUAACUAUAAAUAUAUAAGAGUGGGCCUUCAUACUCAAAUUGUUUUACAAAGAGAACAUGGAUAAAAAAAUGUAUUAAGUAAAACAAAAGAAAGAAAAUUGCUUUAUAUGAUUGAUGGUACAGUUGUUAUGUAUCCAAUCCAAAAUUACAGUAUUUUCAAAACCUUGCUUUGUUGCAGUCUGAUACAAACAGUGAUUCCAUCAUAUAUAGGUCAUAAAUAAUGUCAAUCCAGUUGACAGCUUAUGUGGUUUUGACCACUUGAUAUUAAUGUCUGUCCUGCCAGCUGCGUGGAGAAUCCAAAACAAAUGUCCAACAUGAGAGGAAAUAUAUCCCGAAGGCAGAUCACCCAUGCAAAAGUUCAUCAAUUUAAAGUGAAUAUCUACUUGAAGCACUUUUUGCAAAACCUUCCUGCCAAAAAGAUAUUCAUUUAUUAUUAUUAACUUCCAAUGUUCAAUGGUAAUGCAUAUAAAAGACCAUGUGGUUGGAUUAAUUUGUGUUAAAUAUAAAUAUUGAAAUUUCAGUACAAUAUACUGGUUAGCUUUAAAUCAUGGUGGUUAUUCUUCUGAAGCUUACUGCUGUUAAAAAUAAUCCUCCUCUUUCCCUGUUUCAUAUUUUCUCCCUCAAGUGUUUCAUUGUUGUUCUUCUCUUGCUUCAGACUAAGCUCAGUGUUCAGUGUAUGACUAGUAUUGGUGAUAAUGCUUCAGUUUUUGGAUUAUGUUAUAAAAACAUGAAUGGUUUUAUUUCUCAGAGAAAAGUAUGAAGGCUUUUUUAAUUGUGCAAAAACAUAAACUUUUGUAAUUUGAGAACUUAUUUGGGAUGAUUGACUGAGCUAAGAUUGUUUAC